CCCCCCACCACUCCCCCAGAUUUGAGCAUCUUUGCUGGGCUGUGAUGGCGACUGACGCGAGGAGAUGCGCACGGGUGGCGGGAAAGGACACCAGCUGAGCGCUGAGUACAAAUGCUAUACCUCCUGAUCCAGGCCUUCCUGUCUGUCUGGCGUGCCGCUGCCUCGCCCCGCCGCUUGCUUCUCCUCGCGUCCCCUCAUGUCCCACCUCUACCUGACGCUCUGCUCUGCGCGCGCCCUCUCUUCCCCUCACGAGUGACGAGCCGAGUCGGGCGCUUGAGCAAAUGUCACUCUCUGCCCUGCCCGGCUGCUCGCCAGUGUUUGCGCCUCGAGAGCGUGCGUUCUCUCGAUGGGCAGAACGCCGAAGCAGAGACGCGCGAGAGAAGAGAAGGGGUAAAAUGGUGCUUCGAUUGUCGUUCUUCACUUCGUCACGUCGUCGACGUCGCUAGCUGACCACUCGCACUGCUGCCCAGCGACUUGCUGCCAGCCGCGCGCCAAGGCUCAGCCUGCACGAGGCUUGCCUUAGCGACCGCCGUGCGCCGCGCCGCCCUGCGACACCUGGUUGCCGCCCAUCUUGCCGUCGUUGGUGGAGCUGUAACCGUCCUUUGCGCUGUUUGGUGUGAACAGGAUGGGGUGUUAGGUAGUCGACGAGU